UGUACGGUAGAUCUGGUUGAACCCAAAUUUUUGUGUUUAAUUAAUAAUAAAUAGGCUAUUAAAAUCUCUCUUCACACACACACACAUACUCACAGAGGUGAGAAAGAUGGCAGCACGAAGCAUUUGCUGCGUGAAGCAGCUUGCAGAAUCGCCUAAUCUCUCUUCUAUCCCCUCCAAUUACGUCUACCACAGCGAUGCUGCUGAAAUUUCUGCUGCCAAAUUCGAAGCUUCGAUUCCUAUCAUCGAUCUCUCGCUUCUCGCCUCCCAAAACCCCCAUCUCAAGCUCAAGGCCGUCCACGACCUCGACCAAGCCUGCCAGCAAUGGGGCUUCUUCAUCCUAGUAAAUCACGGCGUGCCGGAAGAGCUGAUCCGCGGCGUGAUCGAAGCUGCGAGCGAAUUCUUCGAUCUGCCCGAGGCUGAGAAGCCGGAAUUCCAACCCGAAAAUGUGUUGAGUCGGAUUAGGUAUGGAACCAGCUUCAAUGCUGCGACGGACAACGUCUUCUGCUGGAGGGAUUUUGUGAAGGUUUUUGUGCAUCCUCACUUCACUUGCCCUGACAAACCACAAUCUCUCAGAAAACUACUACCAGAAUACUGUGAAAGAGGUCGAGAUGUGGUAACCAAACUAUCGAAAGCUAUAUCAGAAAGCCUAGGGCUUGAAGAAACGGAAAUGGCGACGGUUUUGGAAUUGAGCUCCUCACUACAAAUUUUCGUCGCAAAUUAUUACCCGCGCUGCCCUAAUCCGAAAGCGGCUAUGGGGAUCCUACCGCAUUCCGACCACGGCCUUUUCACGCUUCUCGUGCAAAACGACGUCGGAGGCCUGCAGAUUCAGCAUGACGGGAGAUGGCUCAGCGUCAGCGCUCCGGCCAACUCCAUAUUGGUCAACACCGGCGAUCAUCUUGAGAUAUUCAGCAAUGGAAAGUACAAGAGUGUAUUGCAUAGAGCCGUCGUGAACGAUCAAACGACGAGGAUUUCCGUCGCAACGGCUAACGGGCCGUCGCUAAACGCGGUCGUUUCCCCUGCUCGGCAGCUUGUGGAAGCAGAAGGCGGCGCGGCGGCUUAUGCUGCGAUGAAAUAUGAGGAUUAUCUUUUGGAACAACAGAGCAGCCAGCUUGAUGGGAAAACUAUGUUGAAACGAGUUCGGAUCCAUCAGUAGUAAACUUUAUAGUGUUGGGAUCGAGAAGCUUCUGGAAAUAUCAUGCUGCCAUGUAUUCCUCGUUGAUGAAACACUGAUGGCUAUAUAUAUAUAUCAUUUUGACUCUAUCAUAUUCAUAUAUAACAAAUAAAUCAAGGUUGUGAGGAA